GAUGGAGAGCAGCAAGUGGGAGUACCGGACGGAGGAGGACGGAGACUCGCUCACCCUCAUCCUGAAGAGAGCUGAGAACGAAGACGCUGGAGAGUAUUCCUGCACGAUCUCCAACGAGAAGGGAUCCGCUACGAGCAGAGGAAAGCUUUGUGUCACAGAAGCCGGAACAACACCCGCUUUCCGUAAACAACUGGGCAACCUGUCAGCGAUAGAAGAAGAAAAUAUAGAUUUAGAAGUGCAAUUUGAAGGCUUGCCAAAGCCAAAAGUAGAGUGGAAAAAGGACGACUCGGAAAUCGUCAUCGAUGACGAUCACUACGAAGUCACCUCAACCCAAGAUUCUGAAACACUGACGAUUAAUAACGUCACUGUGGAAGAUGCUGGGAAAUAUUCCUGCACCCUCAGCAAUGACUCCGGAUCCGUCACAACUAGCGGUGACGUCACCGUCAAAGAAUCUACUUCUGCACCUAAAAUCGUACAAGGCUUGAAAGAUCAGACGGUAGGGGAAGACCAGCCUGUAAAGAUGACGGUCAAGUUCACGGGGAAGCCAAAACCUGUACCCAAGUGGACAAAAGACGGAGCCGAGUUAUCCAUCGUCAUCACCACUCCAUGCAAGGUGGAAGAGGAUGAGGCUUCGUUUACGUUGGUUAUUCCUCACGCUUCUCAAAGUCAUGGGGGCACCUACGCUUGCACAAUCACGAAUAAACUCGGCUCUGACACCACAUCUGCCAAACUUACUGUGUCAGAGUCAACGUUUGCUCCAGAGUUUACUCAAAAGUUGUCAGACAAAGAAGUCAAAGAAAAUGGAACUGUAGAAUUUACCGUCAAAUUCACAGGAAAACCCAAACCUACAGCUAAAUGGACAUUGGACGGUGCAGAGCUGACAUUAGAGGCAGGACACACCGAGCUCAAGGUGGAGGAAGACGGUGCUUCCCUUACCCUAGUGCUCUCUGGAGCCACCAGGGAAGACGUCGGGAAAUACGCCUGCACCAUCACCAACGAACUCGGAUCGCAGACGACAGCAGGAAGGCUGACCAUUACAGCUGCCCCCCGAUUCUUGAAAGAAUUAGAAGACAAGGAAGGGGAGGAAGGUGUUCCUUUAAAAUUAAACGUAAAAUUCGAAGGCCAGCCAGAUCCAAAAACAGCUUGGAAGAAAGAUGGUGUUCCAUUGGACUUGACUGGAGGUCACUUUAAGACUACGAUUGAAAGUGACGAUUCAUUGACCCUUCUUAUAGACAAGCUAAACAAGCAAGACGCAGGAAAGUUCACUUGCGAAAUCAGCAAUUCACACGGUUCUGCUUCUACAUCUGCCGUGAUCACAGUCACAGGAAAGCCUGUCAUCAAGAAAGGUCUCCAAGAUAAGGACGUUUUGGAGGGCGAAGCUGACGUCACACUAACAGUCGAAGUCACGGGGACACCUGCACCAGAAAUAAAAUGGUUCUUGAACGGAAAGGAGUUAGCUGACGACGAGGAUUUUCAACUGACGAAAGAUUCUGAAAGGGGCACGUACAGCUUAAAGCUGAAAAAGGCAGCUGGAUUGGACAAUGUAGGGGAAGUUCGACUAGAGGCCUCCAACUCUGGAGGAAAGGCCGAGACUAAAGCGAGUCUUAGAUUGCUUACGAAGCCCGUGUUCACGAAGGAUCUUUUGGACGUAACUCUGGUCGAAGGAGACGAACUUAAACUGGAUACAGCUGUAAAGGGAUCUCCUACGCCGGAAGUCAAGUGGAUGUUCGGCAAAAAAGAAAUUCGCUCUGAUGAUCGCAGUGUCGUCGAUGUUCAAGGGGACGUUCGAAAGUUGACCAUUCGGGAGGCUCGUGUUGAAGACUCUGGCAACUACACUUGCAAGGCCACCAACAAAGCGGGAGAAGCCAGCCAGAAAGCCACAGUUACAGUCAAGUCAAAGAAAGACACUCAAGCCCCGCAAUUUUUGACUCCACUGCAUGAUUUGGUUAUUGUGGUGGGAGACGCAGCGAGGUUUGAGACUCGAGUUACUGGGAAACCACAGCCUCAAGUCACUUGGUAUCGAGGAUCCGACGAGCUGAGUGCAGGCGAUCUUGUCCUCAUUCGCAGUGAUCCUCAGGAUUUCUCUCACACCCUGACCCUGAAGGACCUGAAGGUGGAGGACAGCUCAGAGUACUCGUGCAAGGCCACCAACGAGUACGGGGAGGCCCAAGAAAAGGCGAAGCUCACAGUCAAAGAGCCAGUAGCUCCACAAGUGGAAGAUUUGCAGGAUCAACAAGUUCGGUAUGGAGCUCCAGUGCGGCUGAAGGCCAAAAUCUCUGGCUUUCCCACUCCAAACAUAAAAUGGCUGAAAGACGGGCAGCCCAUCCCUAUCGGAUCCGACCGCUUCGAAAUCACUUCGGAGCCUGAAAAGCGACACUUUUCGCUCGGAAUCAAGAGCGUCACCAAGGAUGAAGUGGGUAGUUACACCUGCACAGCGACCAAUGACGCAGGGACAGCGAGUGCCCAGUGUGCAGUGUCCAUCAAAGCACAAGCUCCUGCGUUUGCGCGGGAUCCUAAGGACCAGAGUGCAGAACUCGGUGAAGAGUUCAAAUUUGAAGCGGAAAUAUAUGCUUUCCCGCCUCCCGAGGUCACAUGGUUUAAGGACAAUAAACCUUUCGAAGGCGCCUCUGCCACCUCCGAUGGAGAUGUCUACAGGCUCACAGGUCGAAUAAGUGAUGUGGGAGAUGCCGGAACGGUCAAGUGCAAAGCGAAAAACGAAGCUGGGGAGGAUUCAAGAAAUGCUCUGCUCAUUGUUGCUGACUUCCCGCCUGCUUUCAAGGAGAAGUUGCCAGCCAAUUUAAAUUUGACAGAAGGAGACAAACUUUGCUUGAAAGCAAAAAUCUCUGGAAAACCAGUGCCUGAAGUUAAAUGGUUGAAGGAUGGUAAAGCCCUGAGACCCAGCAGUAAAAUCAGCAGCACGGUGUUACCGGAUGGAACUGUGGAAUUAUUAAUACCGGAAGUAACGCACACUGAUGCGGGAACUUAUCGGCUAGUGGCAAACAAUCCCAAAGGACAUGCGGAUUCUGAAACAAAUGUUGCCGUUGGCUUUGCUGAAAAACAAAUGAAGCCCUUCGUGAGCCAAUUACACCCAGUAGACGUCGUUGUUGGAGCUACAGUAGUUUUGGAAGCCAAAGUUUUGGGAAAUCCAGAACCAGAAAUUCAGUGGACCAAAGAUGGCGUACCGCUGGAAAGCAACUCCCAUUUUAAGAUAUCACGAGAAGGCGACAAAUCAAUCCUCAACAUAGAUCCUUCGAGAGCGGAAGACAGCGGAGAAUACACAUUAACGGCUACCAAUACACUAGGCAAAGAUGAAUCUUCGGCAGCAGUCACAGUUUCUGUGCCUGGGAAAAAGCCUGCUUUUACGAAGGAGUUGAAAGCAGUCAAAGCGAAUGAAUCUGAGGAAGCGAAGCUGGAAGUCAUUGUGACGGGCUACCCAAUGCCUACCGUAGCUUGGUAUCGCAAUGGCAAAAACAUCAUGGAAGGCCAGCGCUAUGUGGUCCACGCAGAGGACACGGGAUUGGCCUCACUCAUCAUUCACGGUGUCGCCAGCGAGGACGGAGGGAUGUACACCGCCAUGGCGACCAACAAGCUGGGAAAAGCUGUCAGCGAAGCCCCGCUGCUCGUCAUACCAUCAGUGAAAACUGGAGAUACGAGAAAAGCAGCAAGUGUAUUUGAAUUCAUAAAGAGUUUAAUGCCUCAGCUAAUUCCUGAAGGACAGCCAUGCACUCUAGAAGCCCGAACUACUACAGACCCAAAGCCCAUCGGCGUGCGGUGGACUAAAGAUGGCAAAGAGAUUCCUCCUUCUGAGCGGUUACAAAUCAGUAAUGACCUUGCUGAGGGCGUCUUCCAGCUCACACUGCCCCAAAUGUCCCAGCAAGACAGGGGCAAGUACACCGUCCACGUGUCAGAUGGCGCGUCAGAAAUCAAGAGCGAAGCCCUCGUCAACAUGGUUCCGUCGAUGCCAGGGUUAUCGGGUAACAAGCCUGAUUUCUUGAAAGGUCUCGAGCCAUUGAAAGUCGGUGAAGGCGAAACAAUUCAACUAAGGGCACAGUUACCGCCACAUUCUGGAUGUGCUAUCAAAUGGAUGAAAGAUGGUGACGACGUCAGUCCCAGCGACCGUAUCCAGCUCUUAGAGCAGCCCAAUGGUCACAUCGCGCUCAUAGUGGAGGGGGCCAUGCUGCAGGAUGCCGGCAAAUACGUUGUCGUGGCGUCGAACGAGCACGGCAAGACCAGGAGCACAGCAAUGGUAGCCGUAGUUGGAACUGGAUUCCGUCUUCCAGAAAUUAAGGAGAGUCUGCAGCCAGCGUCCUUCGAGCAGGGUCAACCAGGAAAGUUGACCGCCAAAAUAGACGGAGAACCAAAACCAGAAAUUCAAUGGUUGCGAGACGGCCAACCCAUCCUGCCGAGUGAGAGGAUCAAGAUGAGCGAAGAUCCGGACGGCACGGUGAGCCUCGAGAUCUCGCAGGUGUUGCCCGAAGACGCGGGGAAAUACACGCUGCUCGUCUCCAACCUCGGAGGAGAAACCCGCACCUCGGCACCCGUCGAAGUCAUACUUGCUGAAAAACAAAUGAAGCCCUUCGUGAGCCAAUUACACCCAGUAGACGUCGUUGUUGGAGCUACAGUAGUUUUGGAAGCCAAAGUUAUGGGAAAUCCAGCGCCAGAAAUUCAGUGGACCAAAGAUGGCGUACCGCUGGAAAGCAACUCCCAUUUUAAGAUAUCACGAGAAGGCGACAAAUCAAUCCUCAACAUAGAUCCUUCGAGAGCGGAAGACAGCGGAGAAUACACAUUAACGGCUACCAAUACACUAGGCAAAGAUGAAUCUUCGGCAGCAGUCACAGUUUCUGUGCCUGGGAAAAAGCCUGCUUUUACGAAGGAGUUGAAAGCAGUCAAAGCGAAUGAAUCUGAGGAAGCGAAGCUGGAAGUCAUUGUGACGGGCUACCCAAUGCCUACCGUAGCUUGGUAUCGCAAUGGCAAAAACAUCAUGGAAGGCCAGCGCUAUGUGGUCCACGCAGAGGACACGGGAUUGGCUUCACUCACCAUUCAUGGUGUCGCCAGCGAGGACGGUGGGAUGUACACGGCCAUGGCUACCAACAAGCUGGGAAAAGCGGUCAGCGAAGCCCCACUGCUCGUCAUACCAUCAGUGAAAACUGGAGAUACCAGAAAAGCAGCAAGUGUAUUUGAAUUCAUGAAGAGUUUAAUGCCUCAGCUAAUUCCUGAAGGACAGCCGUGCACUCUAGAAGCCCGAACUACUACAGACCCAAAGCCCAUCGGCGUGCGGUGGACUAAAGAUGGCAAAGAGAUUCCUCCUUCUGAGCGGUUACAAAUCAGUAAUGACCUUGCUGAGGGCGUCUUCCAGCUCACACUGCCCCAAAUGUCCCAGCAAGACAGGGGCAAGUACACAGUCCACGUGUCAGAUGGCGCGUCAGAAAUCAAGAGCGAAGCCCUCGUCAACAUGGUUCCGUCGAUGCCAGGGUUAUCGGGUAACAAGCCUGAUUUCUUGAAAGGUCUCGAGCCAUUGAAAGUGGGUGAAGGCGAAACAAUUCAACUAAGGGCACAGUUACCGCCACAUUCUGGAUGUGCUAUCAAAUGGAUGAAAGAUGGUGACGACGUCAGUCCCAGCGACCGCAUCCAAAUCUUAGAGCAGCCCAAUGGUCACAUCGCGCUCAUAGUGGAGGGGGCCAUGCUGCAAGACGCCGGCAAAUACGUUGUCGUGGCGUCGAACGAGCACGGCAAGACCAGGAGCACAGCAAUGGUAGCCGUAGUUGGAACUGGAUUCCGUCUUCCAGAAAUUAAGGAGAGUCUGCAGCCAGCGUCCUUCGAGCAGGGUCAACCAGGAAAGUUGACCGCCAAAAUAGACGGUGAACCAAAACCAGAAAUUCAAUGGUUGCGAGAUGGCCAACCCAUCCUGCCGAGCGAGAGGAUCAAGAUGAGCGAAGAUCCGGACGGCACGGUGAGCCUCGAGAUCUCGCAGGUGUUGCCCGAAGACGCGGGGAAAUACACGCUGCUCGUCUCCAACCUCGGAGGAGAAACCCGCACCUCGGCACCCGUCGAAGUCAUACGUGCACCUCUUUUCUUGAAGCCUCUUCAAUCAGCCAGCGGUGUCAUUGACAGUCCAGCUAAUCUAGAAUGUAAAGUUUCUGGCGAACCAGUGCCAGAUAUUACAUGGUAA